AAACAAAACACUACAAAAUGAAACGACCAUCGAAACGUUGCAACAUUAAGAGUGUUUCCUUAGUCUUGAGUAUACUUUUGGUUUUAUAUUUAGUUUUCUCUAGUGGUUAUCACACAUAUGAAAUAGAUGGUGUUAUCAAAAAAUCUAGACCGGAAGAUGUUUGGAAUUAUGUGGCUGAUUUCAGUAAAAUGAGACUAUUAAAUCCCACAAUUUUAAAUUUUAGAAUUUUAUCGGAUAGUGGUCAUACACACGAUUGGCGAUAUACGGUUGAGUACACUGAACGUCUGUCGCAUUGGCCUUUUUGGUUAAAUACAGCUAAAGCAAAUUAUAUUAUUGUUAAAUCGUUGCCGCAAGUAAAACCCGAAGUGUAUUCUAUACAGUCCAGUCACGAAACAUGCUUCUUUAAAGGACUGUAUUGUUUACAUGCUGAAAGUGAAUUUAAUUUUGCUGCCCAGGCCGACAACACAUACUGCAGUGAGAAAAUCCGCUAUGAAUGUCCACCCUUUUUGAAGAGUGCCUGUAAACGUGAAUUGGAAUAUCAACGCAAGGCUGUUAUGCAUAAUCUCACCACAAUAUUUAGUAAAAAGUAUUAAGUGUAUGUAUUAUUUUUUUUAAACAAAUGUUCAUAUAUAUUUUAUUAUUAUAUAUUUUUUUUAUUAUUAAAUUCAACAAAAUAUUAAAGAUAAAUUUAUAUGAUAUAUAAUGUUUGUUUUAUAUGUAUUAUGUAUUUCAAAGUAAACAGCUUAAUUUAGUAGAGUUAUGUAUGUACGAAUUUAAGAAAAUAAGAAAAAAAAAUAAAUGUUUAAAAUAUAUAAUAUUGUAAAAGUUGUUGUACAAUCUAAAAUCCAAAUAAAUAUUUUUAAUAUUUUUAUUUUCCAUUGUGAAGACUUUUGUGAUUACAUAAUAAAUGAAAAUUAAAACUACUUAACUACUUUUACACAUUUUGUUGUAGUUUGUUUUUAAUUCAACAUUUUAUGCUUUUUUAUACUUUUCAUUUGUUUUGUUAAAUAAAACUUUUUAUUUUAACGAUUUU